AUGGAAGAAGAAAGAAUUGAUGACGCAGUGUGUUUAAGUUUGACAGAACUAAAAGAAGUGAACCAAAUAUUAUUUUCAGAUAAUACACGAAUCCAAUCUCCGACAGCAGCACAAACAGAACUAUCACAAUCGUUGCAACUUACGCCAACCAAAUCUAUAAAAGCAUUACCUAUAAAGUCAGUGGAAACAUCACAACCAUCAAAUAAUAAAUUGCCAUCUGCACCAGCUCGCUCAGUUUUAUUAAGUACACCUCACUCAGUUCUAUUAAGUACACCAAUUAAAUAUUCUAUAGUGCGCAAGAGUUCGAAAAGUAGGCAUAGAACAUCGCGAUAUAAUUCUAUAGAUAGCGGAGUUGGAUCAUCUAAAGGGAUAAUGAAUACAUCAAAUACUCAGGAUUCAGAUAUUUCUCGCUUGAUCUUGAAUACUCAACAUAAGUUUUCUCCGAAAAUUUCCAGUCCCCUGAGACAUGAAGUUCUGUUAGACUUGUCUCCUGAUUCGUCUUCUGAAUCAUCUAAGGAUGAUAGUUGCCUACCCAUUUCUAAAACAACGAGUCCCUGGCGAGACAUGUGCGAAGCACUUUUAAAUUCACCAAAUAAGGGCAAAUCUCGGGAAGUAAUUGAAGAACAAGACUCAAAUGUCAACUUAUUCCCAUCCGAAAAAGACCAGCAUGUUUCUACUAUAUCUACUAUACUUAGUACAAGCCACCCGGAGUGUACUGCGCCCAAUCAAGAUGAAAGUUCUAAGUCGUGUGUUAUUUUUGAGAGCUUUGAAAACUCCAAGCCACAUGUAUCUGAUGUAAGCAUUCCAGAGGAUAUUACCAUCAGGAAUUCCUUAGAAGAUACCCUAAGUCAAGACAAAUAUGUUACAUUAAAUAUGUUUAAUGUAACAUCUUCUGAAGAUAUUACAUAUAGUCAAGAUGAACAAAUUAAAUUAAAUACAGACUCAAAUUCUGUAGAAUUGAUGGCAAAAAAACGUGUGAGAAAGCAACAUACAAGAAAUCAUGAACUUUCGUCGCCUAUUAGAUUCUCAAAACGACUUGCAAAAAAAGUAAAGAAGAACCCGAACCCCUACUAUAAAUAUUAA